AUGUUCCGUGAGCCAUCGCAGCUUGCCUUCAUAUUUUCAGCGUCGCCCCAGAAGACUACAGCAGAGGGGACGGCGCAAACGGCAGUCACUGACAUCCACGGCAAUUUCCAGCAGAUUUGUUGCAGCCCGCUUCAGCGGUGGAGCAAUAAGUCUCUCCAUUCCCAGCGCAGUCUGCCUGAAGCACGCAUCUGCACAUCGGACCACAGGAGGUGCAGGAUCAAGGUGCUGAGUCUUCGAGCCUCAUCUACUGCAGCAAUCACAUGCACACUGGAGCACCUGGUGCCCAGGCUCGGUCAGAGAAACCUCUUCUCUUGGGCACAGAAAACAGCCAGCUCCAAGCCCGAACACACAAGGGCCGGGAGGAGAAGCGUGGAGGAACAACAGCAGCGAACUUUACAUGGACACAGCAAGUAUAUGCUACUGAUGCCCGAAACAGGCAUAUGCUGA